AUGUCAGAAACAGUUAGAAUAUUGGAGAUUCCGCUAGAAAUUCCCUCGAAAAUUGAGCCGAAUACAAGAAUUCAAAAAGAUGAUUGCAUCUAUUGUUUUGAUACAGCAGAUAAUAACCCUUCGGGAUUAGAUAUUUGUCUAAAGUGUUAUCAAUCUUUUUCAAGAGGGGCACUUAAUCAUACAAAGGAGCAUUAUGAGACAUGCGGGCAUUGGAUUUUUUUGAACAUAAUAAAAGUGUUGAGACCUGACUACGAACGUAAUCAAUACGUUGAUGAGAAAGGUGAACGGAAACAAAAAAUAGCUAAAAUUCAAGUUAGAGAUUUAACGGAAGAAGAAACAUAUGACUUAAGCUAUCUGGUAUAUGAUAUUCGUCAUCAGAAGUCUUAUAUACUUGAGCAGCUAUCUCCCGAGUUUCACAAUUUAGUUUCAGAUAUUUUAUCAGCCAAUUCGGCUGGAAGGCAGGAUGAGAUCAAAGCUUGGGAACAAGAGGUACUUCCAUGCGAACAUUCAGUUGAAUUUGAACAAGUUCCUAAUGAGUCGCUUGAUUUAAGCAAAUGUCUGAUGUGCGAAUUGAAGGAGAAUUUAUGGAUUUGCUUACAUUGUGGGGCUAUAGGGUGCGGUAGAGAACAAUUUGGCUCAUCUUUGAAAGGAAACUCACACGCAUUAAAGCAUUAUGAAUUGUCAGGACAUUCAAUCGCAAUUAAACUUGGAUCGUUAAGCGCCGUCGACGAGGACAGCUAUGAUGCAUAUUGUUAUAAAUGUAAUGAUGAAAUAAAAGUUUUCGACGUUGUAAACAAGUUAUCUUCGUUCGGAAUCGAUUUGCAAAAAGCUAAGAAGACAGAGAAAAGUUUGGUAGAACUAAAUUUAGACCAAAAUUUGAGCUGGGAUUUCAAGUUGGACGGGCAGAAUGGUGAGAAGCUCGAACCAAUAUUUGGACCAGGGUUAACUGGCUUCCAAAACUUAGGCAACUCAUGUUACAUCAAUUCCGUGCUUCAGGCGUUAUUUAGCCUUGACAACUACAAGGCGUACUUCCAGAAUGAGAAAUUCUCCCAUGAUGUUGAUCCUACCAAGGACUUGAGAUCUCAAUUAAUCAAGAUAUUUGACGGCCUUUUAAGCGGAAGAUACUCUUUCCCAGCAUCCUCAGAUGACGAUGGGUAUCAAAUCGGUUUGAAACCGUCUACAUUCAAGACAUUAAUUGGCGAAAAUCAUCCUGAAUUUAAAACUCUGAGACAGCAAGAUGCGUAUGAAUUCUUGUUAUACUUUUUAGAUAAAGUCGAUAACGAACUCGGUAUUUCCCUUGAUAAAGAUUUUAACUUCUUAUUUGGAAACAAAGUUGUUUGCUCGUCGUGUUCAGCAGCAAAACUUAAAGAUGAGCUUAUUGAUAAUUUAUCACUUCCCAUUGAAGAAAAAGUAAUAGCAGUAGACGAAGAAACGGGAAGAAAGAUUUAUGAACAGACGAACUUGAAGACCUCCUUUGAAAGCUAUUGUGGCCCUGAGACGAUAGAAGGUUACAAAUGCGACCAUUGUAAUGCCAAAUCGACCACUGCUGUAAGGUCCACGGGAUUCAGUACAUAUCCCAAGUAUUUGAUAGUCAACAUAAAUAGAAUCAAGUUGGAGAACUGGGUUCCUACAAAGGUAGACGUGCCUAUCGAUAUUCCUUAUGAGCUUGACUUACGAAAUUUUGCUGCACCAAAGAUAAAGGAUGACGAAAUCAAAGUUUCAGAGAAUAGAGAUGAUAAUCGGGACGACUUUACUCCAAACGAGGAGUCUUUCACAAUGCUCUUGAGCAUGGGAUUUCCAGAGGAAAAAUGUAUAGCAGGUUUAAAAAAUACGGGAAACGGAAACGCCGAGGACGCAAUGAAUUGGAUUUUAGCCCACUUGGAUGAUAUAGAUGAAGAUGCUGUAAAUGCUUCUGCUGACUCCUCUAAUAAGCCGACUGAUGAUCCGAUUGCAAACCUAACGAGUAUGGGAUUUUCUGAACUUUUGGCCAAGAAGGCACUUACCUUGUUUAAUGAUCCUAAUGCUGCCGUGGAGUGGCUCUUCGAAAAUCCAGAUGACGAUGGUGUCAUACCCGAAACCAUUUCCAGGGUUGACCUUCGAUCCGAAAAGGAGCAGUUAGUAAAGGCCCUUCUACAAUCGCCACAGCAGAAUUCGAAGUAUGCCAUUAAGGCUGUAAUUUGUCACAAGGGAUCUUCCCCACAUACAGGUCACUACGUCCUGUUCAUUAGAGAAGAUGCUAAGAACAAAACAAGUUGGGUUUUGUUCAAUGAUGAAAAAGUAGUUUUAUGCGACGAAUCAAACUUGGAAGACAUAAGAAACAAUGCAUAUAUCUAUAUAUUCGAACAAAAGGAAUAA